UGGAACGGGAACGGUGAUGGUCGGCCGUGUGUUGCGCGCGGCGGCGUGAGCGAUGGAAUUCAAAUUCGGGUUCCCGUUGAAUGGCGGCCCUGAGGUCGGUAGCAGCAACGGGAAGUGUCACCCCGAGUCAGGGGACCCGACGCCUGCGGUCGCCUCCCGCCCGCUCCGGGAGCACGUGGCCGAUAACCUUGCCGAUCUGAGGCCGCUGCUGGAACGGGCCGCGGUGUCGGUGCUGGUGGCCGGCGGCCUUCGGAUCAAACACAUCGAGCCUUCGGCCUGCCUGCGUCCCGAUAGAGCGGGGCUUCUGUCUGGAGCCGUGCCAGAGGAGGAGGCGGGGGACCCCGGGGCUGGCGCUGGAGCUGAGAGAUCCGGGUCUGGGACUCGGGGCGAUUCCAGCGUGGAUCCCGGGAGAUCUGAGGCCGAAGGAGACGGUUCUGCGCCCGGGACCGAGAAGGGUGGAUCUGGCGCUGCACUUGAGGGAAAUGGAGCCCAGGAGGGCGGUGCUGCGGACGAAAGAUCUGUGUCAGGUCCAGGGAAGGAAAAGCUUUCCUGGGAUCUGCUGUCCAUCUCGGAUCUGGUACCCGGCUUGUACGAGGGAGGCCUGAAGGUCUGGGAGUGCACUGUGGACCUGGUGGAGUACCUGGACAACGUGGGGCUGCAGGGCCAGAGGGUGCUGGACCUGGGCUGUGGCGCUGGGCUGUUGGGCAUCGCUGCCCUCAGCAAGGGCGCAGCCUGCGUCCACUUCCAGGACUACAACAGCGAGGUGCUGGAGCAGUUCACCAUCCCCAAUGUGGCCUUGAUGGGGCGAUCACUCCCUGGACUCGAACUGAGAGAAAGCGUGGAGCCUCCCGGGAAACGCAGCAGGACUGAGGGCCACCCCCUCUCCCGCUGCCGCUUCUUCUCGGGGCCGUGGUCACUCUUCGCUCACGUUCAUAGUGACCCUGGUGCUUCCUUCAAGUAUGAUGUCAUCUUGAGUUCAGAGACUCUCUACAACCCCCACAGCUACCCCUCACUGCACCACACGCUGUCCAGUUUGCUCUCCGACCAAGGGACUGUCUACCUGGCCACCAAGGCCCAUUACUUUGGAGUUGGUGGAGGUAUCCACCUCUUCCGGAACUUUGUAAAAGAGAAGAACACCUUCGACUUCAAGACGGUGAAAGUGAUUGAUGAUGGACUUCAGAGAUGCAUCGCAUUAAUGUCCUUCAUGAGGGGCAAGUCCUCUUGACAUUUCUUCUUCACUGUUACCAUUACCAUUGGAGCAGUGGCCUUGAUCUUGGAUUAAUGAAGCUGCCCUUUUUGUGCCAAGUGAAAAUGUUGUUUUUGUACAUCAAACAGUGCUACCCUUUAAUAAGUCAAAAUACUUUUGUAAUUUCCUACAAGUUAAAUGACUUCUGAAUGUAAUUGUAAUUACAGUGAGCUGAAUUGGAUAACUAUGGUUAAUUGCUCAUAUUUAACGCGUGCCUAAAAAGGAAAUGUGCACAAAUACAUCUCUGAACAUACAGUACUACUGCAUAAAUCAUGUGUUCUGAAAACGUUUUCAUGGUCAGCUACAGUGACAACAUUAUCUGGCUUGAACUUGCAUUAGUAUAACAGUAUAAUUGAGGCUUCAGAAGCCAGGACUAAUGUUUCAAGUACAAUGCGAUGCUUUCAGAAGAGAUUUCUUUUGAAUCUUGUAUGCUUCAUUGGAAAUGUUAGUCUUUGAUAUUAGCUCUGACAAAAUGUAGCAGGGUAAUAUUUUAAUUGGAAUUGUAUUUGAGUUUGGGAUUUUUUCCUGUUACCGUUGUUGGAAAUUAUGCCAGAAGUAUAAAUGUACUAAAUUUACCUACUGCAAGAGUAUGAGCUCAGGAGAGGCUAUGCAAUCUUUACUCAUUUGGUAUUAAAUACCUUUUGAUUUAAAUAUGUUUGCUCUGAGCAUCAUUGACAACAUUUUUUGUUGAGCAUGUUGAACUGCUGAAGGUGGGGAAUCAAGAUAGUUGCUUUGUAAAAUUGACUUCCUAGUGAAAUAGGAAAACUAUUGUUUGUGCCAUGUAACAUGCUGUGUUAUGCUAAAAUCAACACUUCAUUUGAACUCUCACCAAAACACUAUGUAUAACUAGCUAAUAGUUAUUAGCGUGUAAUUGAGAUUCCAGAAUUAAAUUAUUUAUAUCCGGUUAAUAACUUUGAAGCUGCUAUGCAGCCAUAACUUAAUAUGAUAAAUGUUAACAUGGACUUAGGUAUAUCUGGUGGACUUUCAUGACCUAGAUGACUUGGCUAGAUUGUUAUGACAGUAUCACCAGUUGUAUACUGUAUCAAUUUGACAAUCUGAUCUAUUUUGAUUUUCGUUGUAAAAAUACACAAGAUUGAGCACUAAGAGGCAUAAAGUAUCAUCCUCCCAUUAUUCAAAAGCUUCAGUGAUGGGCCUCAGCAUCAGUUCUAUAUCCUUGUCUGAUUCUCUUAAACUCUUAGUGCUCUAGUGUCCAAAGUAUCAAAGCCUUGAAUUUAUUAAAUACUGAGUAUCUGCAGCCUUUUAUAUGUAUUCCAAAGAUUAAAAACUAAAGAUACAAGAUUGUUUAUUGUCUUUCUCCAGUGUACAGGAGAAUGAAAUGAUUGUUACUUUUUUCAGUGCUGUGAAAAAAAACACAAUAAGUAUUAAGAAUACAAA